AUCGCCCAUUUUCUAGGGUUUACGAUUCUCGCAACAGCGAAGCUGUAAAGGCCAAGACUUAUCUCUUUCUAGCCGUCUCUCUCUCUCUCUCUCUCUCCCUCUCUCCCUAAGUUCAGCUUUUGGACUAAGGGCUUGCUGAUUCUCUGGCGAAUAUACGUUCAGAUUCAUGUCUUAAGGGUGUGCAGUCUUAGGAGCAUGUUUUGAACUAUAAUGGAUCAAGAAACUAUUUGAAGAUUCUUCUUGUGGUUUAUGGUAAAUUAUUCGUGCUCGUCAUGUCAAACAAUCUUGUGUCUCAGAAGUUAUCGAUGCCAAACAUGCAAAUGGGUCAAUUGGAACCCAUUCUGAACAGAGGUGACUCAUCAGUGCAAGACAUGCAAAUGGGACUGAUGGCAUCUGUAUCCAAUGUUCCUGCAGCCCAUCAGCAUUUGAUAUCAAACAAGCCUGUGGGACUAAUGGAUCCCUUUUCAAGCAAUCGUGGGUUUGAGAGGUUAUCAAUGACAAGCAUACAGACAGUAGGUAGAGAACCGAAUGCAAAUAAUCUGGGCUUAAUGCAGUUUAUCCCCAACAAGCAACUGGGACCAAUGGAAACCAUGCUAAAUAAUGCCGGAUCCCAGCAGUUAUCUGCGUCAAAUAAGCGGAAGGCACCAGCAGGACCUCUGCACAAUAAUAUUGCCAUGCAGGAAUUAUUUCUUCCUAACAAACGGGUAGCUCAGUUGGAACAUAGACCUUGGCUGCAGCAAGCAUCUGGUCCAAAUCAAUCAGCUGUACAGAUGCAGUACUUGUCCAACACUCCUGGAUCACAACGUUCGCCGACACCAGUUAAGAAAGUGGUGUCCAGUAAAUCUGGUUCACAGCGGUUUUCUAUUCCAAAAAAUCAAACAGCAGCAUUGCAACCAACUUCUAAGGGUCAAACUGAAUCUUUUGAGUCUGUUAGGUCCAAGAUGAGGGAAUCACUAGCUAGUGCACUGGCAUUGGUUUCUCAGCAGAAAGACAAAUCUUUAAGUCCAAAACAGAAUUCUCAUAGUGACUCUGCAAGUGCGUCAGGGCAGACUGAGAAGAAUUCUCAACUGUCUGGGUCUCUUUCUGCUGCUAUUGAUGCCCCUAAUAGUGCAUCUGUAGAGCCUAAAGUAACUUUGCUCUCCCACGAUGACUGGUCUGCACAAAAAAGCAAUAAUGGUUUGAGUGGGUCUGCAAGGAUUUCUGCUGCUGAGGCUAAUGGUGAUUUUACACACACCCUGAAAUCCAAUGGUCAUGAAACCCGAUCAAGUUAUGUUUUUCCUGGCGAAGAUGUUUCUUUUAUUGAUGACUUCUUUGCCAAAGACGAACUUUUGCAGGGAAAUGGACUCUCUUGGGUACUGGAUUCAGAUAUGCAGGUGGUAGAAAAAGGGGAGUUCCAUACUGCCCAAGAACAAAAGCUGGUGUAUGGUGAUAUGGGGAGAGGUCAGAAAGAAGAAGCCAUUCAAAGUCCACAAAUCGUGGCAUUUAAAAUUGAAGCUGAACUCUUCAAAUUAUUUGGUGGUGUGAAUAAGAAGUACAAAGAGAAGGGAAGGUCUCUUCUGUUCAACUUGAAAGAUCGCAAUAAUCCUGAACUGAGAGAAAGAGUCAUGUCCAGUGAUAUUCCCCCAGAACGGCUAUGUUCUAUGACUGCAGAGGAACUUGCUUCUGAGGAGCUUUCCCAGUGGCGGAUAGCAAAGGCAGAAGAGCUUGCCCAAAUGGUUGUCUUGCCUGAUGCUGAAGUUGAUAUUAGACGUUUGGUGAGGAAAACACACAAGGGUGAGUUUCAAGUAGAAAUUGAACAAGAUGAUAGUGUUCCAGCCGAGGCUUCUGUCAGUGCUAGUUCAUUCACUCCAAGAAAAUCAGAUAUCAUAGAGAUGGACGCCCCUCACCCUUCUAAACAUGAUGAAAUCAAGGAUGAGGUGGAUACUUCAGGAGAAAAGAGUAAUUUGGAAGCCCGGAACAUCCCAUAUAUGCUCUCUAUUCCUUCCCGUGAGAGUACUGAUUUAAUGCAAGGGCUUGUUGUGGAUGAUGCAUUGAAGGAUGCAGAAUUUCUUCCUCCUAUUGUAUCUCUGGAUGAGUUCAUGGAAUCUCUUGAUUCAGAGCCACCAUUUGAAAAUUUACCGGUGGAUGCUGGAAAGAUGACCCCCACUUCAGGCAAGGAUGGCUCAGCGCCAACUUUGGCAUUGAAGUCAUCCGAGUCUACUCUGAAAGAUGAUAUUACCACAGAUGAACCUGAAAAAGUUGAUGUAAAAUACUCCAAAUCAGAUGCUGGCCAUAAAUUCAAUGAAGGUGAUGCUGGUGUGAAAUCCGGUGAUGGUCAUGCAGACAUGAAACUAAGUGAUUGCUGUACUGAUGUGAAAUAUAAUGAUGGUGAGUUUGUUAUUAAGAGUAACACUAACACUGAUGUAAAUUCAAGUGUCAGACAUGCUGAAGUGAAAUCCAGUGAAAGUUAUGCUGAUUUCAGACCUAGAAACAGCCAUGCAAAUUCAGAAGUUGUACCUCCUACUGGUGUAUCCAAAGGUGAUCAUGUCUGGGAAGGAUCACUUCAGAUGAACACUUCAGCCAAGGCCUCUGUGGUUAGCAUCUUCAAAAGUGGCGAAAGAACAUCUGCAAAAGAGUGGCCCAGUUCACUAGAGAUCAAGGGGAGAGUAAGGCUUGAUGCAUUUGAGAAGUUUCUGCAAGACCUUUCACUGUCUCGAAGUCGUGCUGUCAUGGUAGUGCAUGUUGUUCUUGUGGAGGGGUCCCCCGAGAGCGAGCAUGCAGGUCUUCGUGAGGUAGCAGAUUCUUAUGUUUUGGAUGAGAGAGUGGGUUUCUCGGAGCCUGCUCCUGGAGUGGAACUUUAUUUUUGCCCACCACAAAAAAGAACACGUGAAAUGCUCGGCAACAUCCUCACGGCAGAACACAUCGAGGCACUUAAUAAUAUUGAUAAUGGCCUAAUUGGUGUUAUUGUAUGGAGAAAGGCUCAGUUAACUUCCCGGAUAUCACCCAAUUCAUCAUCACACCAUAAACAUAAAAAGCAAAAUGUCACUUCUAGGAGACACCAAGAAACAAAUAUCGAUUCCAGUUUCCAACCCAAGCCACCAAACCCACCUCGGGGCUUAACCCCAACCAAUUUGACACCGUCCCCUGAUGAGGACGAUGAUAUUCCUCCUGGAUUUGGUCCCCGGGAUGAAGACGAUCUUCCCGAGUUCAAUUUUUCUGGUGGUUCAGUCCCAUCUUCACAACGAAAAUCUGCACAAAAUAUUUCUGGGGCGAGUAAUUCAGUGUUCCAAACCCCAGCUCGUCCUGUGGACCAAAACCAAAUGAGAGAACUUAUACACAAAUAUGGACAACCAAAGCCAGACGGGCCCUCGGGAAACUGGCUGGACAAUCGAGGUUUUGGGGUUGCGGUUCAACCAUGGAAUGAUGACGAUGAUGACAUACCGGAGUGGCAGCCACAACAAGCCUCUCUAUGCCAACUUCCAUCGUCCCAACAGUCCUCAAUUCACAGCUUUCACCAGCCAUUGCUGAGAGCGCACUUGGUAGACCAACCACCUUUGGGAUCAGCUCCUCAGCAGCCAUCACAUCAAGCCGGCACAUGGUGGGUUCCUCCUGUUCAGGGGAAUAGCCAGCAACCAAGUAACUUAGGUUGUCAACCCAAUGUAGUAGGGGAGUUUUAUGGGGUACCCGGACGAGGUGUUGGGCAGCAAGGCGUGGCCUGGCGACAAAAUGCCCCCCAAAAUGGUGGCUUCUGAUAUAUAUAUAUGUUUUGUUUUUUAACUUGUAUAGUUAUCAUUCCCCAUUUUCAAGUUCUGUGCAGUUCUGUAAGCGCAAGUGUAAUACAGGGUGGUUAGCUUUUGAGUUUCUGGAGCAAGCCGUCAACCGAUUUUGCCAUGCAAUUGAGAAGGCGCAUCAAGAUGGAAGUUAGGGAAUGGGUUAGGUUAAGCUUGUGAUGUAGGGCAAAAAUUUCCAAAUCCUGAAACCGUCAAGUAACUUAAGCAUUUCUAAGAAUAAUGUGGAACAAGGGAUGUUAGUGAACGGGGGUCCCAUUGUGCAUGCUCUAUGCUUUAUAGAAUGUUUAUGUUCUGUCAAUACAGACUGUACAACUCUUUUACCUUUU